AUGUUUGCUAGCCUUCCAAGAUCCUUCCAUCCUAAAGGGGCCCAACCGGUCAAAAACAUACGUCUAUUCUCCAAUGGCAAAAUCGCUAGCGUGGACAUGGUGAGAUACCACUCGGAUCCAAAAUACCGCAGAGACGACCUGGACAAGCGCGCCGAACGCAGACGCCUACGCAAAACCCUCGACCCAAUCUACGCUGCCAAGUGCCAUGCUGAGGAUGCCGCAACCUACCAACGACGCAGACUCUGCCAGCGCGUCUAUCGCCAGCAACUCUUCAACAAUUGGCUCAGACGUGGCUGGCACGCUGCAGGUUUACCCUGGAAAACCCAUCGCUGCGAGCUUGCGUUGGAGGCUGUUAGACAUCGCUGCUCGAGUUGUGGGUUCCCGGACCACAAGGCAAAGUUCUGGUGGACUAGCAUCGCUGAGUUGGAGUCCUACUUGUGCGGCAAGUGUGCGCUCAAGUUGAGCUGGGAAGAGGUGUGUCCUGAAGGGUUCGAGGGUACGGCAACCACCAAAGAGUUCACGGCGCGCGCGAGAGAGUUGGGUAUUGAGAAACCAUUGAUGCACAGGCCAUGGAAGUCUGUGAUUGUGUCUUCUACCAGGGAUUGUGUAGCAAACCUCGUGCAACGGUGA